AUGUCGCCCUCGCCGAGCUUAGCUUCCUCCCCAUCCCAUGCGGCUUGCGAGGCGCCUCGAAAGUCGUCCCAUACGGCUUUUGAGGCAGCUCGUAAAUCGUCUCAUGCUGCUGCUGCUGCUGCGCCGUCCUCGCUGAUUCGCCUCGUGGUAGUUGCUGCGGCCCUUCUCCUGCUCUUCGCUACCGGUGAAGCACAGCCCACACCAAGUCAGCAGCCGUCCCCCAUCCGCCCACCUCUCUCCUCCUCCCCUCCCUCUUCCUCCUCCUUCUCCUCCCCUCCCUCUUUCUCCCCCUCCUCCUCUUCCUCUCCCUCCUCUCCCUCCACCUCCCCUCCCUCCUCCUCAUCCACCUUCUCACCCUUCCAGCCUCUCCUCCUGGGCGGCCUUCAAGCCAACCUCACUCCCAUCCUCCUCCCCACCUCCACCUCCCCCAUUCCCACCACAACCACCCUCACUCCCACCACACCCACCUCCACCGCACUCAACCUCACAACAAACACUCUCACUCCUGGCUCAGCUGCCGGUGGCGCUACUCCCAGUACCCUCGGUAAUGCGUCAGCGCUGCCAGGUGGCGGCGCAUCAGUGGUCACGCUGCUCGUAAAUGCAGCCAAUGGGACUCUCGGGUUCGCCCUCCCAUGGGCGCAGGGGGCGGGGGAGAACGUGCAGGCAGGGAUCUACACAGUGGGGGAUAUGCUCAACGCUCCUGUCAUCUGCCCUACCCCUUCCUGUCAUCUGCUUUACCCCUUCCUGUCCCCUCCACCACCUUCUCCCACAAUCCACUCCCUAGCUCCUCCCUACUCCCGCAUCGUCUCCUCAUCUCCAUCGUCCCCUCGUCUCGUGCUCCCCCUCAUGCGUAUCACUGCCAACUCCUCACGUCACGGCUUCGUCCACCACCCUUUCCCCCUGCCCUGCCCUGCGCUCCCCUUCCCCACACAGCAUCGUCCCCUCGUCUCGUCCUUCCCCUCAUGGGCAUCACUGCCAACUCAUCUACUUACACCCUCCCUUUCCCCCUUUCUUUGCCCACCACCCCCACACAGCAUCGUCUCCUCGUCUCGUCCUUCCCCUCAUGGGCAUCACUGCCAACUCCUCACAUCACGGCUUCUUCCACCCCCCUUUUCCCCUGCCCUGUCUUGCGCUCCCCUUCCCCACACAGCAUCGUCCCCUCGCCUCGUCCUUCCCCUCAUGGGCAUCACUGCCAACUCCACCCCUCCUGCUGCUGCUGCCUCUGCUACACGUGCCACGUCAGCAUCGUCCUCCUCCUCUCCGCUUGAUCCCUUAACUGCAGCAGCAGCAGGUGUGGCAGGUGCAUUGGGGGGGCUAGGAACAUCUGCUGCAGGUGUUACGGCAGGCCCAGGUGUAACGGCAGGGUCAGGUGUAACAGCAGAGCCAGGAGUUUCUUCAGGUGGAAUGGCAGGAUCAGGUGGAGCUUCAGGUGCCACAGCAGGACCCCGAGCCGCUACAGGGGCAACAGGGACAGCAGGGGCAACAGGGGCAGCAGGGGCAGGGGAAGGCUUGGGAGCAGCAGCAGCAAGCACAGCGCCAGUUACACAGGGGCCACGCAGGGGUUUAUCUGGAUCUGUGGUAAACCCUGUAGCUGCAGCAGCAGGGGCAGCACAGGGAGCAGUGGGGGCAGCGCAGGGAGUGGUGCGGAGUGGUUCAGGGUGGUUAUGGGGAGCUGUGCCAGUGCCAGGAGCAGCGCUGGUGAAUAUUCUGAGGAAUCCGAGUCAGUACCAGCUGCGGCUGUCCGUUGGGAAUGGCGCCGAUGCGGCGUCCUUUGCUGGUCGUCUUGUGGCUGUACCUAUUGAUCUGGCUCGGAGCAUCCCCUUCCUCGGCUCCCUGAUUCCCGAGCCUCCUCGAUUUCCUUCCCAGCCCAGUCUUGGCAUCCCCACCCCCCAGUCGCUCCUCUCAGCCAUUCCCAACCCGCAGGCCCUCCUCUCACUUGCAACAGCCAUUCGUGAAAGCAUCGCAGCACUCCCCCAAACUGCCUCUGCAAGGAGCAAUCCUCUAGUGGAUCAGCGCAGUGGAAGUUCGAUCAGUGCGAUCGCCAGAAAAGCGGAGUACGCAGUUGUGAACUUCACCUUCCGAAUCGAGAUUCAGCUUCUUGAUCUACGAACCAUGGCUACUCCUGCGCAAGCUCCGCACCUCGCAACGACCGACAGUGGUAGCGCAAUCAACUCGCCAGCAAACGCGUCGACCCUGGGAAUACCGGCAGGAUCCAGCCCUUCGACGACAACCGCGUUCUCUCCACUCACUUUCGUCGCGGCCGUUGGCGUAUGCAUCCUCGUCACCGCCGUCAUCUCGGUCCUCGUUUACAUCUUGCGACGGAUGAAAUGCCAUGAACCAAUCGGUGGCGACCUUCCAAGCCCACGGCGGCCGCACCGCGUGUGGGUUCGCAUCGGCGGUGGUAACAGCAGCUCGACGAAAUCCGUCGGCCUCGACGCAUCGCUCAUUCGCUCUUUCCCAGUGAUGAUUUUCAGCUCCGAAAAAGCCGAGUUCUCCGUGGCAGCACUCACAGAAAAGCUCGUGUCGCUGCAAUCGCAAGAUCUGCACGCCGACCAAUGUGCCGCCAAUUCCGCCACCAAUCCCGCUCCUGGCCACGUGGUUGUUACUCUGGACGAGGAAAACGCGUGUUUACGCGAGUGCGCGGUGUGCUUGGGUGAUUACGACGAAGGGGAACGGAUCAAGCUGCUUCCGCCAUGCGGCCACCGCUUUCACGCGGACUGUAUCGAUCUGUGGCUGUCGUCAAAAAGCACGUGCCCGAUUUGUCGCAAAGACCUUCGUCCAGCUUCGGUAACGUGCGAAAAGGGCUAUGCUGAGCAUCCGCCAGGGCUGGUCGGGGGUUUCGGGGUUACUAGAGGUAGUUAA